ACUCGCUUAUUACUCGGGGAGGAGAUUAUUCCCGAAAACCAUCGGUUCCAGGUCGAGCGGCUACGGUAUUGCAUCUCCUCGACUCGCGCACUGCGCAUUAUCUUCGAGCAGCAGACGGAGGCAGUACCCAAAGAAUCCCCAAUGUAUGACCUAACCAAUCGCGCGAUUGAUUCAGCCAAACGUCUGUUGCAGGCACUUUCCCGUCCCGGCGCAUGGGAGUCGAUCACCGACGUGGCCCCGCGGUCAACCACCCUUGGUCUUUUCCCGAAACUGAGGCUGCUUCGCCUUCAGUGCUACUCCGCAGCUCAUUUCGAGCUCGGCAAACAGGUUCUGUGCGACUGUCUCAUCAGUCUAGAAGUUACCCUGGAAUGGGACAUGUCUCCAGAGGAAGCCGAGGCCGCCAUGGAUACAAUCGUGGAGCGAUGCCCAAACCUUAGACAUCUGGAUGCGCGUCUCUGGCAGCUCCAAUCCGUCAAGAUGCUAAGACGCCUUAAGCUCUGGACUCUGGCUAUAUCAUAUCCAUUUAUAACAGAAGCGGAAAUCGACGUUCUGGCCAGUCUAAAGACAGUACGACAUCUGUCAGUCUUGGCCGAAUCCGACGAUCCGCAAAUCACGUUCAAGACCGCUGAACACCCCAUCGCCUCGGAUCAAAACGGAUCUUUAGACCAUUUGGAAUCACUCAUAAUCAGGACAGGAGACUCGUUGUAUCUCUGUCUGAUCAUGAUCCGCCGAUUACAGGAGCACAAGCUCCGGAAUUUGCAUAUUGACGCCGAGUGCAUCGACGAUCGCUGGGUGCGCGCAUGUGUAGAGGCAAUCCCUGAACAUUGUCGUCGGCUGACGUCCUUAUACUUGCACCUGAGGACGCAAAAUUCCGAGCUGAAGCCCGGAGAACAGCGGAAUUGGUACACUGUGGAGCCACUUGGACGAUGCCGUGAUAUCACGUCAUUCCAAUUCACCUCAUCCUCGAAAGAGGAUUGCACUGCAUUCACUUGGGACGACGCCGAUUUGGCAGCUAUCUCCCAAGCAUGGCCACGACUGGAUAAAUUACGCCUAAUCACCCUGCUCAACGAAUACGAGUAUGAUGUGGAGCGUUACAAGCCUCGGAUCACAUGGCGAGGAUUAGCCACUCUCUCGAAGAACUGCCCUCGUCUCAAAUUGGUCCAAUUGGAAUUUGACGCCACGGAAAGCGGUUGGCCACAAGAUGAAGUGCCGGUCCCCGCGGAAGACAUGGAGAUGUUUUGUCUCGCCUGGAGUCGGGUCGACGGAAGCGACUACGAAGCUGUGGCGAGGAGGAUCAACUACAUUUGGCCAAACGCGAGUGUCGGUUGGGGGUUAUGGUAUGGGGGACAGCUGGAGCUCCCCAAUGACCAUUCGGAAGACAUCGUGAACAGAUUCCCCCAGCUGGAAGAUAAAUCAUACCAAGAAGCACUCAAAGUUGCAUUCGCCAUAUCUCACUACUUGCACUAUGUCAAACAAGAGAACGGUCCCCACCAUCCAGUUCAGUUGGUUGACUGUGACGGCUCAAGUGACAACACCCUACAACCUCAAGCUCCAGAGAAUAUACCCGCCGACACUGAGCAUAUUUUUUCCCUGUCGACCACUGAGCAAAAUGAAACCUCGACGCACGAAGACGCAUUGGACGGGCUGACUCCCAGCCUGAGAUCAGAUGAACAUGGAUUCGAAUUACGCAGGCCGGGAGAUGCAUUGAGCAAGUUGUGGAGUUGUAUGGCGUUGCAGACAGCUGCCGCGAUGGAGCAUUUUGUUGUCCAGGUGUUGAGAAACACGCGAGCUUUAUGAAACUAAUGAUUUAAGAUAUGACACAGGCACUCCAAAACCUUUCCC